GACUUGCAGACAGAUUUAGCUGGGCAUCUCAUGGGCAGGCGCAGAAGGCUGUGUGUGUGUGUGAUUGACAGCCGGGUGGUGAUGUAAUGGUCCAGGGCGGCGGCGCAUGCGCUGUGGUGGCCGGGGUGAGGCACGGUCGGGUGUGGGAUGGAGUCGUACGAUGUGAUCGCCAACCAGCCGGUGGUCAUCGACAACGGUUCUGGAGUUGUUAAAGCUGGGUUUGCAGGUGAUCAGAUUCCAAAGUACUGCUUCCCUAAUUAUGUGGGAAGGCCUAAGCAUGUACGUGUUAUGGCUGGUGCCCUGGAGGGAGAUAUUUUCAUUGGACCAAAAGCCGAGGAACAUAGGGGCCUCUUGACCAUCAGGUAUCCAAUGGAACAUGGAAUUGUAAAAGACUGGAAUGAUAUGGAACGGAUCUGGCAGUAUGUGUAUUCCAAAGACCAACUCCAGACUUUCUCUGAAGAGCAUCCUGUACUCCUCACAGAAGCUCCUUUGAAUCCAAGAAAAAACCGUGAGCGCGCUGCUGAGGUUUUCUUCGAGACUUUCAACGUGCCUGCUUUGUUCAUCUCGAUGCAGGCUGUACUUAGUCUGUAUGCCACAGGUAGAACUACAGGCGUGGUGUUAGAUUCAGGUGAUGGAGUCACACAUGCAGUUCCUAUCUAUGAAGGAUUUGCAAUGCCACAUUCCAUCAUGAGGAUUGACAUUGCUGGACGUGAUGUGUCUCGCUAUUUACGCCUUUUCCUUAGAAAAGAAGGAUAUGAUUUUCAUACAUCAUCAGAGUUUGAGAUUGUGAAAACGAUCAAAGAGCGUGCCUGUUAUCUGUCAAUAAAUCCACAAAAAGAUGAGACUCUAGAGACAGAGAAAGCUCAGUAUAUUCUGCCUGAUGGAAGCACAAUUGAAAUAGGUCCUGCGCGCUUCCGUGCUCCGGAGCUUCUGUUUCGGCCCGACCUGAUCGGUGAGGAGUGCGAAGGAAUCCAUGAAGUCUUGGUGUUUGCAAUCCAGAAAUCUGACAUGGACUUGAGGCGAACGCUUUUCUCUAACAUAGUUUUGUCAGGAGGAUCAACUUUAUUCAAAGGAUUUGGUGAUAGACUGCUGAGUGAAGUAAAGAAAUUGGCACCAAAAGAUAUAAAAAUAAAGAUUUCUGCUCCUCAGGAGAGACUAUACUCCACAUGGAUAGGUGGUUCUAUUCUGGCAUCACUUGACACGUUUAAGAAAAUGUGGGUGUCGAAAAAGGAGUAUGAGGAAGAUGGGGCCAGAGCGAUCCACAGGAAGACGUUCUAAAGUACUUGGCAGAGUCUGUCCAGACAUAAACUCACUAUGAUGUAACCUUGCUUGUCUGGGUAUGGUGUAUGCCUGUGAGAAGGUGAAUGUGUGUACAUGAGAACACAGAGGAGAUUUAAAAAAAAAGACUGGGUUUUGGGACGCAUGUGAUCAAAAUAAGAGUUUUAGUCAUUUUAAUUGUUUUCUAUUUCCCCUUUUCCACUCUUUUUGCUUUCGCCUUUCCACUUGUACUGUCAUUCACAGCUAAUACAUUGUCCAGCCUAUUACACUAAAAUAUGCCAGGUGUAUUUGGCCACAUCCACUGUCUUAAUUUUGUUGGAAGCUUUGAUGAGAGUAUAGAACAAAUGAUGAGGGAAAUGAAAGCUGCAGAGUCCGACGUGUGAAAGUGUGGUUUGAGUGGGAAUUUUUAACAGGCUUUAGUUUCUAUUGCUUUUGAGACUGGUAAAGGAUUUGUAACCUAUAGUGCGUAGACAAAUUGCACGCCCUGAUGUCCCUGAAUUUUUUAAAAAAAAAGUAUAUCAGCAUAGCUCUGUAUGAAAAUUAUAUAUAUAUAUCCCAGUGCUUUCUGUCUGUCUCCCAUAACACUAACAUAUUGCUUGUGUGCCCACUAGAUGAGGUAUUUACCCCUGCCGGCUACAAGCAUUUUGUGCUAUUUAAUCAAGUGUUCAUGAAGAGAAUGAACCAGCAGGAAAAAUCCAGUAGGGGGGAAAAAAAACCCGCCUGUUAAAGUUGUGUGGCAUGUAAUAUAAUUUAAGUUAUUCUUCUGUAAAUGUAUUAGGACAAGCCAGGUCACGAAUUCCAACAUCAAACACUGGUUGCCACAUGCAAGAAAUGUUGUCAUUAAUAGGCAAGAAGUAAAUGCAAUGCGACUUAAAGCUGAUCACGAACAAGUGUUGCUCAGUUCAUUCAGAUUGCCACCGCAGUUAUUUUCCACGUCACUCUGGUUUGCAAGCUAAUGGUACAAGGGAAGGAACACAAACGGUGGUUCCGCCUGCACUUGUUUUAAGUAUUUAUUUGCCACCACAGUUGCUUCUGGGGAUUGGGUGGUGGAAGGGGAGGGCAAAGCAUGGGGCUGAAUGGGAUAUUGCAAUUGAUGUUUUUUCAGAAUCAGGAACUAAAUUCAAACCUAUGCCGGAGCGCCUUCCUGUUGAAAACACUCAUAAUGUUCAGCAUGUAAGAAACAAAAUAGUGUUUAAUUUUAUGAAGAGUUUAAGCCUUGAAACUGUUUUGCCACUUGUAUCCACAGUGGAGCAGUAAUCCAUGACGUUGUAAGUGCCAGUCAUUUUUAUUUUAAAUGUGCAGUUGUUAAUGUUGACGGCAAAGAAGGGAACGGCUGAAUGCUACUGACAGGUUCUGCUCAGAGUAAAUACAGUAAAACUUCCUUUUAUUAUAUGGCAUUUAUUUGAAUGGUAGAUGAUUGUUUAAUUUUUUUUUACCUAAGCACAUAUGUCUUGGCAAGUGACCAAAAUUGACUGAAGACCACUGGCAUUAGUUUGACAUGGCUGCUGUAGAUCUAGGUCCCCGUAUGAUGGUAAACAAUUUUAAUAGGUCCAUUCCGACUGUAGCUUUUACUACAUUAUCAUCCAAUGUUUUACCAUGCAGAAGUAUUGCGAACUGUGCUGCCAGGUGAUGCCACUGGACUGGAAAAUGUUAAUAAAACUGUUCAAAAAGA